AUGAACUUCCGUUCCCUCUCUUUCCUUUCUCUGUCUCUGUCUCUCUCUAUCACCGGCUCGCCGCCGGCCGUUGAUUGCAGCGACAAGGGCGCAAGAUGGCGUCGGCGGGCGGAGAUUGCGACGUGAUUAUGGCGCCCGCGGCAGGUUCCCAUUCUGAGGCGCCGGUGAUGUUGAGCGACGAGGACGAGGACGCGGGGACGCGGAGAGAAGCAGAGGCCUACAAGGAACAAGGGAAUGUUUUUUAUGCCAAGAAGGACUACAAUGAAGCAUACAACUAUUAUACAAAAGCCAUAGAUACAUGCCCCAGCAAUGCUAGUUACUAUGGGAAUCGAGCUGCCACUCUCAUGAUGCUAGGCAAAUAUCGAGAAGCACUUGGAGAUGCCCAGCACUCUGUCAGAAUGGAUGAUACCUUUGUGAGGGGACACCUACGGGAGGGAAAGUGCCACCUAUCUUUGGGGAAUGCCAUGGCUGCCAGCCGCUGCUUCCAAAGAGUUUUAGAACUUGAUCAUAAAAAUUCACAGGCUCAACAAGAGCUGAACAAUUCCAGAACUGUCCUAGAGUAUGAGAAAAUUGCUGAAGCCGACUUUGAAAAACGGGAUUUUCGAAAGGUUGUCUUUUGCAUGGAUCGUGCUCUGGAAUUUGCCCCUGCUUGCCACCGAUUCAAAAUUCUUAAAGCAGAAUGCUUAGCGUUGUUGGGUCGCUAUCCUGAAGCACAAUCAGUUGCCAGUGACAUCUUGAGAAUAGAUUCCACAAAUGCUGAUGCUCUCUAUGUGCGAGGGCUUUGCCUUUACUAUGAAGACUGCAUUGAAAAGGCUGUCCAGUUCUUUAUCCAGGCUCUCAAAAUGGCUCCCGAUCACGAUAAGGCCUGUCUUGCUUGCCGUAACGCCAAAGCGUUGAAAGCAAAGAAAGACGAUGGCAACAAGGCCUUCAAGGAAGGCAAUUACAAGCUAGCUUUUGAACUUUAUACAGAAGCGCUGGCAAUAGACCCAAAUAACAGAAAAACCAAUGCCAAACUCUACUGCAAUCGUGGGACGGUUAACUCAAAGCUUCGGAAACUGGAUGAAGCAAUAGAAGAUUGCACAUGUGCCAUCAAACUGGACGACACAUACAUCAAAGCUUACCUGAGGAGAGCACAGUGUUACAUGGACACAGAGCAAUAUGAAGAUGCUGUAAGGGAUUAUGAAAAGGUUUACCAGACAGAGAAAACAAAAGAACACAAACAGCUUCUCAAAAAUGCACAGGUUGAACUCAAGAAAAGCAAGAGGAAAGACUAUUACAAGAUCCUAGGUGUGGACAAAAAUGCCUCUGAAGAUGAGAUCAAAAAGGCAUAUCGAAAGCGGGCUCUAAUGCACCACCCAGACCGGCAUAGUGGAGCAAGUGCUGAAAUCCAAAAGGAAGAAGAAAAGAAAUUCAAAGAGGUUGGCGAAGCCUUCACCAUCCUCUCAGAUCCAAAAAAGAAAGCCCGCUAUGACAGCGGACAGGAUCUUGAGGAAGAUGGCAUGAAUAUGGGAGACUUUGAUGCCAAUAAUAUCUUCAAGGCUUUCUUUGGAGGGCCAGGAAACUUUAGUUUUGAAGCUUCUGGACCAGGGAAUUUCUUUUUCCAGUUUGGCUAAACUGCAAAAGAAUUCUGUUUCAUCUACUGAAACCCACACUUUACCUGACCUGCUUCUUUUAACCUUGAGUUAUGUUCUCCCUUCAUCUCAUCUCGCCGUUUCUUAGGGCUGUGGCAUUUUCUCCAUUGGAGACCUCAGUUUUUUGUGUGUGCUUUAGAGUGUGAUGAGAAAACCAGCGCUUGGAGAGAAGGGGAAGGGGCAGUGAAGGAUUUUUUUUUUGUUUUGUUUUAUUGUUAACUUUAUUAAAGAGAGAGCGAGAGAGAGAAAUAAAACCUUUUGAUUCCUCCAUGAUAAAUAAUUUCAAACUCCUGAGCUGCUGGGACUUCACUGGGAGAAUCCUCAUUUUCUGAGAUUAGCCUGAGACUUUUCUCAAGUGCAGCUGGACACGAUAUGCCUUCAUAUUUAUGUGAGUAAAGAGAACCUGAUUAGAUUUUUCUCACUUCGGUUUCAUGGCCCUGGCUGUAGCCACACUGAACUGUGUUCACAAAAGCAAUUAAACCCUUGAGAAACCCAGGCGAAGAGUUAAGAUCCAUGGCAUUAUUCCCUGACAGAUUCACUUUUGGAAGGAAGGCAAAAAAAACCCUUCUUCUCAGCACUUCUAAUACCUCCAAAAAGUAUCAUUUAACUUGAGGGACAGUUUCUUUCUGUUUCCACUUUCUGGAGUACUUCAGGGAAAUGGUAAGGGCUGAUUUCACACAAGAAAUAUUUUCAUUUACGUGAUGACCCCCAGCUCAACUUGUAAAAACUGGCUCCAUUGGAAAGUGCAUGUUGUCAGGUAUGACAAAGGCUCUGGGGGGGGUGUGAGCAUGGAUCAGCAAUGGCCCUUUCAGUUACAUGAAUUGUCAUUUGAUGGCACAGGUCAUACAUGCAAACUCACUCAGUUUGUAACUUUUCUUUGACAAACUCAUUGGGAUCUUAAUAUGCAUUUUUGGUCGAGAGGAUUUUUCAGGAUUGACCAACAGUGUUCUGCUUUUAAAAUAAGAAAAUAUGAAUUGAUUUAAGGAAAGGGCUCCUGUGUCUGCUGCACAGCCCUCCUACAUAGCAUAUUAUAAAGUGGCUUGUACAAGUGUCUCCAAAUACAAUUUUUUGUGCUGAGAGCCGAGUUCACAAUAUUCUAGGUUCCUCUUUGUACUGAUGGAUUCUCAUGUUUCUGAAUGGAACUACAUGUUUUGAAAUUAUCCAAUGGGAUGUUUUGCAAGAUGACAGUUUGUUUCUAAUUAAAACAGUAGCAACCAGCCAUCCUGGAAUUGCUGGUUGUCCUGUCCGUUUUUAGUUUUGUCCUGUGUUGAAUUAAUGAAUAUAUUGGCCACCCCAAGUCACUGAUUUCAUGAUACCUCCUUAUUUUGCUGUUGUUUCUCAGUAGCAAUACAUCAGAAGCAAACUCUUGUCUCUCUUCACAAGACAUUAUACAUUAGCUUACAGUUGUUAUCAUACCAUACACUGGCAGUUUCUUCUGAAAUUAAGGCCUAGUAGGACAACACUAUGGUGUUCACCUCAGAUCAGUUGAAGAAAAGGAGUAUAUCAUUAUAGGCCUGAAUACCUUUGGCUGUCUUUAUUUCCGAGGAUUAUUUAAUCAAUCAACCCUGAAACAUUGAAUUUCUUUAAUGGAUCAUUACCCUUGGUAAUUUCUGAGACAACCUUGAAAUUUUGAGCUUUGACAACCACCUCUGAAGUUUUUAGAGACUCAUUUUUGUGCAAUAACUGGAAUUAUGUUGAAUUAAAUGUUAUCUCUGGUUCACCAUCAGAAAACAUUUUAGGAUGUGUUCAGAUUGUGCCCUGGGAUUUUUCUAAUUUUUUUCAAGAUGUUCAACUUCUGGCUCUUAGCAAACAUAAGAAGAAGUUUACAGUGGCUUUUGAUAUUCUUUUCAUUCCCCUUCCUAGCCUCAAACAGAAGAACUCAAAGAGAAACAACAGUGGGAGCACAAUCUGCAGAGGGAUGCCCUACAGGUAUUGCAGGCUGAGCUGAGGGAUGUAGAGAAUAGAGAAGAGGAUUAGUGUUGGGGGAAGGAGGUCCCAAUACUAUCUUAGUAUUGGCUUAUCUUAAUAAUGUGAAAAUCUUUACAUGUUGCCUCCUGGCCAGAGAAUGUUGCUACCUCUGCUUUAGGACUGUAUUGUGCAGCCAUACUUCACUGAUGGAAUUUAUUUCAUGGGCUGAAUGUACACAUUCAGAAUAUAGGAUAGUGUUGGUUGUGUGCAUUGUUCACUUACAUUAACCCCAAAUGUGAUAGUUGUUCAGUAAUUGGCAGAAAAAAGCAGCACAAUCCCUUUUUGGAUUUGCCUUCUGAUGAAAGAAAUUAAAUCAGCAAAAUAAUAUCUUCAGUUGCCUGAUACUACCUUCCACAUGGAAAAGCAAAAUUGGACCAGCCUGUGAAUUUCCCCUCCUAGGCAGAACUUAAUAGCUUUGACUUUCAAUGUCAAAUGAGGAUUGUGUAAGUUGUUCAGUAGAUGGCUGCCUGACUCUGACCAGCUAAACAGUGGAAGUUAUUUCCACUGGAAGUUAAGCUAAUGUAGAAUGUUGCUUUCUCUGUGUGUCAAGCAUAUAAAAUAUUUGUACCCUAUAAACUAAUGAUAAGGAGUUUCUGGUAAUUUGCUGUUAAUUGUAAACUUGGGAAACUGGUGAGUGCCAAUUUGAAAACUAUUAUUCUGUCAUGUUUUGCCUUUUUACUAUACUUCUUAUCUGAAAGUGAGCCUCUGUACUCAAAGCAGCCCCUAAGGAGUCCUGUGGAUUUCAACUUUCUUUCCAUUACAGAGCAGUGGUAUUGAAUGUAUUUUAAAAAUUCUCCAUCCUGAUGUUGCAUGUUAGAACCUUGCUUUUUAUUCUUAGCUGUUGGACUUGCAUUUUAAAAAUAUCAGAAAAGAUAUACUGUUGAUGGCCCCAUGAGACCUGGUGUUGUACAGCUGCAGAAAGAGGAGGAAUCCUCAGAUGGUAGAGUCAACUGUACUACUACUAACUGAGGGGAAAAUUGAAGCUCCCUUAUGUAAACAUUUCACUUGAAAGCAGAAGACAGGUACAGAAGUUAGCUUGAACCUUUCUCCCAACUGUCCUAAGUAUUCAUACAGGACUUUUUAAAAACAGAGGCAUUAAACACAGCAGCUAUCAUUUGCAGUCUGAAUUGCAUCAUUGACUGACUCAGUCAUUUUAUCCUGCUGCAUUUGGAAGCCCAGCGUUAAUGGGGAGAUAUUUGGUGGGUGUAGGGGAGACUUUAUAAGGACAAGAGACACAGAGCAGCUUCUACCCUACAAGGGCGCUGUUGGUGUUAGGACAAAGUAUUUUAAAGAAAGUUGCCAUUUUUGCCUCAAAUGAUUGGAAACCCCCCUCGCCCUCCAUUUCCCCCCUCUCUAUAUAGACAUUGCCUGAUCAUCCUUCCUUGCAUGCAUUGUGUGCUCCUUGCUGUACAGAUACAUUAACAAGGAAUACCUAAACAGAAGGCAGAUGAGCCACUAUUGAAGCUAUUUGGAGAGGGGCUGUUUAAUUAGUAGUAUUAAACAUACUGUUUUAAACCUCAGUGUGAGGACCUAACCUUCCUGGUGAGAAGUUUGUUGCAUGAUCUGUUUUAGAACAGCUCCCUGGCCCCUUCCUUUCCUUCCUCUCUCCUGGGGAUGGCUUCACACGUAAAUACACUGUCCCACUUGAACACUUUCACCUUUCUGAGAUGACAAAAAGUAAAGGAGAACAAAAACCAGUGACUAUAUGUUAGGCAGGAUACAUAAUGUGUUUAUAUGCAGAAUUUCAAACCAGACUGAAGCAAAAACCAUAUGCAAUUGAUAUUAACUUUAUUAUAAACUGUAUAUGAUGUACAAAAAAAUAAAACACUCCAGAUCUCA